CUCUUUAUUAUUUGAGAGUGGAGAGACGGUGUUUGAAUUUUCUUAUGGUGCGAUGCCUGUCGCUAAAAGGGGCUCUUCUCUCUCUCUCUCUCUCUCUCUGCAACUCCAACGUGCCAUUGAGACGACGACUUCUUUACUCUAAUUCUCUCUGCGCACAAUUUUAAUGCCUCUUGGGCCUUGUUUGAUGAUUUUUCGUUUGAUCUGUUGUUUUGAAUUGGGUUUCUUCGACUGAGGUCAGCUGCUUUGAUUUUUGACCAUGGUGUUUUGGGAUACUGAAAUUGGAUCGGGCUUUUGAUUCUAGUGGGGCAUUUCAUACCUCAAUUAUCAUGGGCUCCAGAUCCUUGUCAGGAGCAAAACCUCUUUCUGAUGAUAAUUUCGAUUUGGAAGAUGGAAAGGUGGAAAAGGACGGAGAGAAAACUGUGGGGGGUCACACUCUUGUGAAAGUCCAUAACCAAGCUGUCUUAUCUGGCUUAGCAUACUGCAUCUCAUCAUGCAGCAUGAUACUGGUGAAUAAGUUUGUUCUUUCAACCUAUGAUUUUAAUGCCGGCAUAUCUUUGAUGCUUUACCAGAAUCUUGUUUCAGUAGUUAUUGUAUCCAUGUUGAGCUUUGCUGGGAUAAUUUCAACGGAACAACUUACGUGGAGAUUGAUUCGGGUCUGGUUACCAGUGAACAUUAUAUUUGUUGGGAUGCUUAUUACGAGCAUGUUCAGUCUGAAGUACAUUAAUGUAGCUAUGGUCACAGUUCUGAAGAAUGUUACUAAUGUCAUAACUGCCUUGGGGGAGAUGUACCUUUUCAAGAAGCAUCAUGAUAGCAAAGUCUGGGCUGCAUUACUCCUAAUGAUUGUUUCAGCAAUCUCAGGUGGAAUUACAGAUCUUUCCUUCCAUGCUGUUGGCUAUUCGUGGCAAGUUAUAAAUUGCUUCCUAACAGCGUCGUAUUCGUUGACCUUGCGAAGAGUGAUGGAUACAGCAAAGCAAGUCACGAAGUCCGGAAACUUGAAUGAAUUUUCCAUGGUGUUACUCAACAAUGUUCUUUCAUUGCCCUUAGGACUGACGCUCAUUUUUAUAUUUAAUGAAGUGGACUACCUUUGUGAGACGCCAUUGUUGAAGAUGCCGAUGUUCUGGGUAGUCAUAACUUCAAGUGGGUUCUUGGGCCUCGCAAUCAGCUUUACGUCGAUGUGGUUUCUGCAUCAGACGGGUGCUACCACAUACAGCUUGGUCGGGUCACUUAACAAGAUCCCUCUCUCCAUGGCGGGGAUCCUGUUGUUUCAUGUACCUACUAGUCUCAAGAAUUUCUUGAGCAUUCUUUUUGGUCUUUUGGCUGGGGUAUUUUUUGCCAGAGCUAAGAUGUUGGAGAGAUCACAAUCCUAGGUCAACAUACACCUUUCUUCUCCCCUAAAAUCUUUUCCCCUGAAAGGAGGCUUGUGACUGGCCAUGGUGGAGUUCAUGAUAUGGAAGUAGAUUAUUUUAAAAAAAUGAAUACAACUUUCAAACCAAUGUCUAAUCUUUUACGUUUGGGAAGUUUUUGUACCAUCGAAAUCCAUUAUAGAUAAGGAUCUUGCUUGGCUCAGUGUAGAGCAGGGUUGACCUCUACAGUAUGGUGACUCUUAAAACCACUUACAAUCUUCAUUUAUGCUUGGCUCAGUGUAGAGCAGGGUUGAC